GGCUGCUACCAAUCAAAAAUGUAUCUUUAGAUCCCUUAAUUGCGGCUAGCGAAACGUUUUAUGAAAAAAUUUAUAAAAGAAAAUUUUUUGCAUAAACAAAUUGAAAAGUUAAACAAAUGUAAAGAAGACACCCAUGCCGCAACAACAUUAAAUGCAAAGCAAAAACUAAAUAAAAAGCGGCUUACGACAUUUCGAAAAUUGUUUGGAAAUUACAGAGAAAAGGAAGAACAAGCACAACUCAACACGCUAUUUUUUUUUCUCAUAUCGACGACAGAGAGCGGCUUUGCUAAAAAGUUGAGGAAGAAUUUACAAUUUAUACGAAAAGACUGCAAUAGAUUGAGAUCCCCACCGGGCACGCUUAGAAAAUGGCACAACAACAAAUGCUGGCCGAUGAAUUGGCCAAAGCUGUGGAAUUAAUAAUGCAUCCACAUACAGCUCAACAGGCCCGCAUGGAGGCCUAUAUGGCAUGCGAACGUUUCAAGGAAGAAAGUCCGCUGUGUGCCCAGGUUGGUUUGUUUCUAGCCAGUGGCCAAUAUUCACAGAAUGUCAAACACUUUGGGCUCCAAUUGAUGGAAUAUACCAUCAAAUUCAAAUGGAACUGCAUCUCACAGGAAGAGAAAAUCUUCAUUAAAGAACAUGCCAUGAAAUUGUUGUUGCUGGGCGUUGGGCCGGCCGAGGAUCGUUCAUUGUCGCAUUUAAAGGACGCCCUGUCACGCAUCAUUGUGGAAAUGAUCAAAAGGGAGUGGCCACAACAGUGGACCACAUUGUUGGCCGAAUUGUCUGAUGCCUGCACAAAAGGAGAGGCCCAAACGGAAUUGGUUUUGCUGGUAUUUCUGCGUUUGGUUGAAGAUGUUGCCCUGUUGCAGACCAUUGAAUCCAAUCAACGGCGUAAGGAUAUGUAUCAGGCCCUGACGAAUAACAUGAAUGAUAUAUUUGAGUUUUUCCUACGCCUGGUGGAGUUGCAUGUCACCUCGUUUCGUGAGGCCACUGGCCAGGGUAACUAUCAAAAAGCCAAUGCCCAUAGUCGUGUGGUGGAAAUGGUGCUGUUGACCUUAACGGGAUUCGUGGAAUGGGUUUCCAUAAAUCACAUUACCUGCAACAAUGGCAAAUUGCUGCAAAUCCUAUGCAUACUGCUCAACGACAAAGCAUUCCAAUGCAAUGCUGCUGAAUGUCUCUCGCAAAUUACCAAUCGCAAGGGGCAGGUGAAGGAACGUAAACCCUUGCUAUUGCUUUUUGGUGAGGAGCCAAUGCGUUAUAUAUACUCGGCUUCACAAAUGACGCCCACAGAUGAUGGGGUGGCCAGCUUGGAGCAGAAUCAUACAUUUCUCAAGAAACUGGUGCAGGUGCUGAGUGGCAUGGCCCAACAGUUGAUUGCUUUGUGGGGUAAGGAAGAGGGGACCAUACAACGUCCGGCGCAUCUGGAAAUAUUCCUGGAAUGUUUGUUGAGCCUUACACGUCAUGCAUCGUUGAACGUUUCACAUGGUUCGGCCCUGAUUUGGAAUGUUUUGCUUAAACACGAUGCCAUAUCCAAGGACGCUGGGGUCUUGGUCUAUAUACCGAAAAUUAUUGAGGUGGUGGGGCCACGUAUCAUAAAAACACCAUACCCCUCGGCCCGGAGCUUGUCCGGCGGUGCCAAUGCUGCCACGGCCUCCUACAUAUGUUUGGAGUACGAUUCGGAGGAUGAAUUUGCCGUAUUCUUUUAUAGAUGUCGUACCGAUUAUUUGGAGAUUUUCCGGCAAUCGACCUUGGUGCAGCCCUUGGUGACUUUUGCCUAUUGUGAGCAAUGGCUGAACAUGCGUUUGGCCAAGGCCCACAGUGAGCGGGGCAACAAUGUUCAAUGCAGUGUACUGGAUCCCAAUUAUUUGGAAUGGGAGGCCUUGGUUUCGGUGCUUGAUGGAGUGCUGAGUCGUAUACUAAUGGUAGCUGAAAGACCAUCGGUGCAGGCUGGUUUGCGUCUUCUGGAAGACUGUCUCAAGGUGGACACUGACAAUCCUUUGACCCUUUCCAUACUGUUGUCGUGCAUAUCCACCUUGUUUGUUUUCCUCAGCAUGUCGUCGUGUCAAAUUACACCCAACAACUGUGUGGCCAUGACGGGAGUGUCCCUCUUGCCAAGAGUUUUGGAGAAAAUCUUUAAUGCCUUGGUAUUUCGGGAUCCACUGGAUCAUACACCACCCACACCACAGCAACCGCUUACACCCAGAGUGCAGGCCUGCAAAAAUCUUCGGCGUCACGCUGCUUCUCUGAUUGUGAAAUUGGGUCAUAAAUAUCCUUUGCUCUUGCUGCCGGUAUUCGAGCAAAUCAACACCCAUAUCAAGACACUGUUCCAGCAGCCACAACAUCCCAUCAGUAAAAUGAAUCGUAUUACCUUGCAAGAGGCCCUGCUGCUCAUCUCGAAUCAUUUCUGUGACUACGAACGUCAGUUUGCCUUCAUUGGCGAGGUAAUGCGUGACAGUUUGCCCCACUGGUCGGCAUUUUCGCAUGCAUUUAAAUCGGCCUUGGAUUUCAUGCAUUUUGUGGGCUUAGAUCAGGCACCGGUCUAUCCCAUUGAGAACGACCCUUGUGGACCACAUCGCAGCUCAUUGAUUGAUGCUUUGUACAUUGUGUUGGGUGUUAUCAAGCGUUGCACCUGGCCCGAUGAUCCCGACCGGGCUUCUCGUGGUGGCUUUGUGGUCGGAUUUACUGAGUUGGGUAAUCCCAUAUGCCGUAAUCCCGCCUCGCCCCAUGUCAUUCCCCUGCUGCCACACAUCUUGUCGCUGUUGCGUGUUUUGAACGAGCUGUUCAAGGCUGAGGCCGUGGCGGGUCUCUCGGAAGGCUAUCGCAAUAUUCACACUAUGCUGGAACAUGAAAAGAAGGUGCUAAUGGGUGUAUGUGCUAUACCAAGCGAUCCAUUGGAUCCCUCGGUCAAAAAACCUCCCACUCCAUUUGAUAAAAUGCAACAAUUCAUGACAUUGCUCUACGAAGGCUGCUAUCACAUGAUGGGUUCGGCUGGCCCCUCUUUGGGCAGGGAUCUCUAUCAGUUACACGGGGUCUCAGAUGCCUUGAUUAACAGUGCGUUUGCCUGUUUGGAUGAUUUACCCGACUACCGUCUGCGUCCCAUUGUACGAGUAUUUUUCAAACCAUUUGUCUAUUCCUGCCCACCAGCAUUUUACGACACGGUGCUAUUGCCCAUCUUUGCCCACAUUUCGCCGAUAAUGUGCCAACGUUUAACGGCACGCUGGACAUACAUAACCUCGUUGUAUGAAUCUGGACAACUGAAUGAUGAGGAGCAAUCAAAUGAUACCCAAGAAGUACUGGAAGACAUGCUGAAUCGUUCAUUGACACGGGAAUAUCUGGAUGUCCUCAAAGUGGCAUUGGUGGGUGGUCAAAUUGGUCCGGAGAAUAAUGUGAACAAUGCCGCCUCGACCGCGACAAAUAUUGCUUCAGAUGUUACAAUGGAUGCUGAAGAACAUUCCAUGGAUGGUGUGGCCCAUACACGGGCUGCCCAGGCCGCCUUACUGUCCGAUAUCAUUAGUGAUUUGGGGGCAAAGCUUUUACGCAACCCCGCCACCACGAACUACAUUCUAAUGACCCUGCUGAGUGCCCUCUCUUGGAACGAUGGCACCUGCAAUCUGAAAGCUGUCAAUGUGGCAGCACCGGUAAUGCGCUUCCUGGCCGCUGAACAGUUAAUGGAUGCCAAUAAGGCGGUGACAGCAUUUACUGCUGUCUUGCGCGGCCUACAAAUCCACGGCCAACAUGAGGCCAAUCAGGCGGGACUCAUAACAUUGGGUGUACAAUUCUAUGAGCUGUUACGUCCCAAAUUCCCAGCCCUAACCGAAGUGUUGCAGAGCAUACCCAACGUUUCGACGGCGGACAUACAAAAAUUCGAUGAAAAAAUUGCCGUCGCUCCUGUCAAGGGCAACAAAGUGGAUAAGGCCAAAAAGGAUCUGUUCAAAAAGUUGACCGCACCCCUGGUGGGACGUAGUAUGAAUCAGCUGUUCCGUCACGAAAUCAAAAUUGCCAAUUUGCCUCCGAUGCCAUCGCAAAAGCUUAAGAAUCCCACGGCCGAUAUUAUCGAUACAAAUCAAAAUGCCGGUCUACCCAGUCUGUUUCAGACCACCGGCAAUAAGUGACAACGCAGCGGUAGAUAAAAAGCAUGGAUGAGAGAGACUAAUUAUGAAAUAUACGCAAUUAAUCUUAAAUAUAUAUUGUAUGUAUAUUACUAUACUGAAUAUAAUGCCACGUAAAUUUUUGAAUGGAACGAAUAACUCUGAUAAGAUGAUACACAACACACACGCAAAUUCGAAUUGAAACGUCUGUUAUUGAAAAACAAAAAAAAAAAAACAAAACAGAUUUUAUAUUCCUGAGUAAGACUCCUUCUACUGGUAAAUAGGAAAAUAUGUCCAUUUUCCAACAGCAAGAAUUUUAUGGCAACUUAUAAGAUGUACUAUUGUUCAAUACACACACGCACGGAACUAUCCAAUUUUAUUGUUUUAUUGCAAAUUAUUAUUAAUAAUUUAAAUUAUUUACAACUUCCCGCUGGUUUUGUGAAAAAGCAAACUUUGCCUUUAUUUUUCGUUUUGGCAAAUUGUUAAAAAAAAAAAACUCCAAAUGCACACUCAAUAUAUUUUAAUUGUUAUUCCUUACUUAUUUCACUCAACACCCAUGUGAGUGAGGCUUUCCCCUCCCCUCUUCUAAAUUAUUGUUUUUUAUUCGAUUUUUUUUUCAUAUUUAAAUUUAAAUUAAUUUUGAAUUUCCAUUUGUAUUACUCUGUUGAUGAUGGUGAUGAAGCAAAAUUUCUGUUGAAAAGAAAUAAAUUUAUAAUUUUAUACAAAUUUUAAAUAUUUAGUUUUGAAAAACAAACAAAGCAAAAAAAAAUUAAGUGUAGAAUUAUUUAAAUAAAAUACAAAAAAAAAAUUAUAUAUUAAAUAAUAAAUUGAAUAUUUAAUUUAUACAUGUAUAUCGAUUAAGAAUUUUUUAUUAAUUAUAUGAAAUAAGAAAUUUAUUAUAUAAACAAAAACAACAACAACAAAAAAGAACGAACGAAAAAUAAAAAAAGAACUUAUUAUGAAUAUGUCUUCAAAAUUCA